GCUCUCCUCGCAGAAACCCACCCACCUCGAGUUUCCCCUCGUCUAUCUCCCCCCUUCUCUCCGUCGCGAUGAUGUCCCAGUCUCUCAGAGCUUCCCGCUCUCUCUUCACCCGCGUCUCUCGGCAACAGGUUUCUGUUGCCCGCCGCACUUUCCUGACCUCCGCCAUCCGUCAGGCCGACCCUGUUCAGGACCUCUACCUCCGUGAACUCCGCGCCUACAAGCCCACUCCCGUCAAGCCCGGUGAUGCCGAUGCUCACGUCCUGAAGUUCUCCCCCCCUGCCGCUCCCCAGUCCCCCGAGGAGGCCAACCUUGCCAGUGAGCUGAAGUCCUACGAGAGCCAGGAGGUCGAGGUUGAGGGUCAGGCCGCCGCUGGUGAGGCUGCCCCCGCUGAGGAGAGCUGGUUCGAGGAGGAGGAGGAGACUCCCGCUGCCCACUAGGUUGCUUGUCUUGACGGCAAGAUAGAAGGAUAUCUCGGGGCUAAUGGGCAAACGUGAUGAGACCGAUGUGAUGAGCUGUCUCCCGGUUGUUGUGCCUCCGAAGGUCACUUUGUAAAUUAAAACCUAUUUGGAG